AUGGCAGUGGUGGUGGAUGGCGGAGACGAUGGUGGUGGAAGUGGAAAGCGGUGGCGGUGGAAGGUUGUGGAGGUGGCGGUGGAAGGUUAUGGAGGCGGCGGCGAUGUGGUAGUGGUUGAAGGCGAUGACAGUGGUGGUUGUGGCAUAGUGAUAGUUGUGGCAAGGGUGGAAGGUGGCAAUGAUAUAGGUGGUGGCGGUGGUGGUGGCAAUGAUGAUGAUGUAGGCGGUAAUGGUGACACACGGGUGGUGGCAAUGACGGUCGUGGUGGUCGAAGGUGUAGUGGUGGAAGGCAAUGGAGGCGGCGAUAGUGUGGCAGUUGAAGGUGGCAACAAUGGUGGUGGUAAUAGUGGCGGUGGUGAAAUGCGGAGGUGGUUGUGUUGGUGGUGA